UGGGAUCAAGUUACACUGAGCUCGAGACAGUGAGCAGUGGGAGAAGUGUAGGGCUAGUGCCAUGGAAUUCAACGCGCAGAUUGCUGUGGUGCUUAACACUGGAACCACCGAUCGCUUAAACUGACUUUUACUAAUCUCUUUAUAGAAACCAUAAGCGUGCUAAGAUUUCAAUUGACUUGUAUUUCAGUUUUACUAUUACUGAAUUAGUUUCUGUAUUACUGAAUUACUUUUCAGUGAUUGAAAAAGAGGAAUCAGAAAUAAGUCAUUUUGAUCUGGUAUUUCCAGUGUUGAGCGAUCCUCGCUUAGGACAGAGUCCAGAAUAAGUGUAAAUCUAGUGUUAAUUGUUGUUUGUCCUUUAAGUUAAGAAGAAAACUGACAGAAGAGAUUCGACGUACAGGGAUGCGUGGCUUGUUUCGUCCAAAGGCUGCACUCGAACAUCCGGCGGGAGCUUAAAGGAUAAUCCAGAGAAAAGAGGAGACGUAGAAAGUUUAAGGCCCGAGGAAACGUUGAUGUAUAAUAUGUGGACAUUGAGACUAAUCUGAAGAUGGACUCUCGAGGACUCGACGCUGAGUCAGACUCCGGUGGCAAGAUCAGAGUUGUUUUUGAUGUGUUCCAGUGAUUCGAAGACCUCGCAGAGCAAAGUGCUGAAGAUUCUGUAAAAUUGCUGCCCUUUCCCAGCGGAUCUCCAGUUCUCCUGGAUAGUGUUUUCACCAAAAAUACCGUCCGCAACCGUUGGUGCAGCUUACAUAUCAUCUCAUCAUGAAACGUCGGAUGUUUCAAAUGAAAAGCUUCCAAGUGCAAAGGGUUAAUUGAUCCAGGUGAUUAUGAAGAGCCUGGAACAUCAGUGCUCCUGCACCGAGUCAAUUGAUUCGUCGUCCAUCUACCAUCGGCAGGAUUCAUCAGUUUCAACGGUACCACCGCAAGCUGCCCAGCAAUGAUCACAUUGUCAUCGUCUCCGGUGCUCGUCGAUGUUCCUGCAAUAGAAAUUUACCUCCUGCAGGUGUCUUCAUCAUCGCGAGCGAUGAAUUGCCGCGGGAACCGUUACCAUCGGUGUCGGAGCGAGCACCGCGCCAACGGGAAGCACUCGGAGAACCGAACACGACGCUACACCUUCCCAGAGGCGGUCUAAUUAGCACGCAGCUUCGCGAAGCCAUGUUUCAAAAGGAUGACUCAAAAAACUUAACACUGAAAUUACCAGCAGUUCAAUUGAUUUGUUGAGACUCCUCUGUAGAAACUGCAAAAGUGCAUCUAUUUAGAUUUUAAUUGAUUUUUAAUUCAGUUUAUUGAUAGUCAUUGAUUAUUAUUUAGAGAAACAUCGAUUAUCUUUUUAAUAACUCUGAGGAAAAGAAAUUGGGAUGGGUUAUUUCAGUGUUAACAUUAAAGCUACCAAGUGAAUUAGCACGCAGCUUCGCGAAGACAUGUUUCAGAAAGAUAACUCAAACUUAACACUGAAAUUACUAGCAGUUCAAUUGAUUUGUUGAGACUUCUCUGUAGAAACUGCAGGAGUGCAUCUAUUUAGAUUUUAAUUAAUAUGGUCUUUAAUUGUUUAGAGAAACAUCUGUUAUCUUUUUAAUAACUCUGAAGAAAGGAAAUUAGGAAUGGGUCAUUUCAGUGUUAACACUAAAGCUACCAAGCGACUAAGUUUCUAUAAGAAUUAGAGCACUAUACUUCUCGAGACAUAGACACUUGAUUCUUGCAUCUGCACAAACAAAUCUAAUAACUUUUCACAAAGUCCUUGUCAUAAUGGAACUACUCGCAAACUAAACAUUCUAAAAUAGGUCAGCCCGUCCAGUAAUUCCAGUGUUAAUGACAGGCACCCUGGAAAACUGGGGUUCCUCUGUUCAGCCAAUUAACACAAACCACCGAGCAAUUAGACUUUUGAAAAUCCCUUAUAGAAAGUCCAACAGUGCAUCUAUUAAGACUUCAAUCAGUUUCCAAUUCAGUUUGCUCGUUGGUACAUCAAAGUCCGUAAUAAUCCUCAGAGAAGCAUCCGUUAUCUCCCUAACAACUGCAAACAGAAGGAAUCGGUCGUGAUUUCAGUGUUAAUCGGCUUGCCUGCCGGGCAACCUUCAAUUGUAACAAAUUAGCGAAAGCUCCUCCGGCGACCUUUCUUCUAAUUCUUCCUUUGUUUCCACAGGGAAAGCUGCAGGCAGCCGCGAGCUUGAGGAGCAGCAGCAGCAGCCGCUCGGUUUCCGGGAGCACAGGGAGGAAAAAGUUGGAAGCGGCGGUUAUCAACGUUAUCGCCGGCAGUAACGCCGCGACCGUUCGGGGAUGCGCAGCGUGGACGAAUCGUGGGCUGGACUAGCGACUAUAAGAGGGACGCCGCGCGUCGCGACGCCGCACAAUCUUCAGUUUGUCCUGGCCCGAACGCGACGCGCGACAUCCACGAGUGACAGUGCGCUCCCGGUGGGAAAUCGGCGCCGAUCGACGACGAGGAGAAACAACAGCGUGGGCCCAGUCUUCUUCCUCGGCUCCCUCCCCCGCGACGACAAUGACAAGCAUGGUUCCGGAUCGGUCGGCUGGCCAGCUGCGGCUGUUCAUCCUGCCAGCCCUCCUUAGCGUCGCAUCCGCCGUUAUAAAGGGAAACAACGAUUAUCAGCACUAUCAGCAACAGUUACCCGGAGAUCGUUUAUCAAAGGAUUUCUAUCGCAUGGAUUUCAAGGAUGGCUUUCCAAAUCCGUAUCCCCGCUUGAAACCGAUCACAGAAUGCAUGUUCGUCACAAUGGAGCCAGGCACUUUUAUGUACACCUCGAAAACCGAUAGCGAGGAGGUUUGCGGCAUUUACUUCCUGGCCGGACCGGAUCAAAAAGUGGAGAUCAAUUUCCUUGUGUUCGACGUGCCGUGCGAACAUCGAGGACUUAUCUCUGCGGUGGACGGCUGGGAGCUGAACGGCGAAGUGUUCCCCAGCGAAACGGAUCAUCGAUUGCCCCUGAAACAGAGAAUCAGCGAAUUCUGCGAUAAGAGCAUCGGCGUGAAGAGAAGCUUCGUGAGCUCCCAGAACGUCGCGGUCGUCAGGUACAGGAUUCCCAAGCCUGGCAAGGGUUUCACUAUCCUUGCGAGGUUCCUGAAGAAUCCUAGACCCUGCAACGUCUUGGCAGCAAGCUUAACCGAGCCGUACACUUUACGUAAUUACGGGAGACGCAUUAAUUGCACCUACGUCACAUUGUACCCUGGAACCGUGCAAAUAAUCGCGCUCGGCGUCGGCAUCACGAAUCUACUUGGAUCCAGUCGCACUGCGGAGACAGGAACUUUGCGGAAAUGCGACGAGAGGAACCCACAUGAUCAAGUGGUAAUCGGUGGUAGCUACGGUUUGGAUACAUCUAAAACUCAGAUGGUGGAUUCUAUCUGCGGAAUAGACUCUAAACCUGACUAUCGUGAGGUGGUGGGAUACGGUGUCACCUCGGUGCGGUUAAUAUCGAGUGGUUUCUUCGAGAACUCUGUAACUGUGAACAUCCAGCCACUCAAAGACGAGUAUCUGGAUACGAAUUAAUCUGUAACGCUUUGGUCAUAGAACUACGAUCGUUGAUGCUUAAAGCUAUGAAACCUCAUUGUGAAUGCAGUACUUAAAACCAGCGGCGGAGUUCCUAAAAUUUAAUCAUUCACAUCCAGUAUAUAUAUAUAUAUAUAUAUAUAAAUUUAUAUAUAUAUAUACUCAUUUCGUUUGAUAAAUUUGGGGAUCCAAGUUCCAUUUUCUAUAUUGUAUUUCGAUAUUUUCAUAUAUAUUAUUUAUUAUACUUUCAUUGAGCAUUACUCGAUUUACAUUUACGUGACUGAGUGCGAUUAAUCAUUUAAAUUAACGACUGAACUAGUUUAAAAGCUCAAGCCGUAGAGUCCGUGUUUUCUGUAAAAUGAUUUCUCUAGGCAUACUUUUGAGACGUUCGUGAACCGAUAUAUUGUGCGACUUGUGAUAAGUGGAUUUCAAUAACCGCUAGAUGUGUAUAGACCUCUCUGUAGACGAAUAGUUGCUAGAACAUUUUAGUACCUUAGACGAAGGCCUCGAAUUUUUAUUCUUGUAGACUGUAAAGUUAGAGAUGAUCCAGUUUGGUUGGAGCGUACCAAUUUCUUUUGACGACUAAACUGAAUA